GGCACCGCCUCCUGUGGGCGGUACUUGGAUCGCGAGCUGCUGGAUGGGAUAGUUAUGUAUAUGGUGUUUGAUAUCAAUGUCAAUAGUUGCACAAAAUUUACCUCUCUCUCACCGACAGUAGAAUGAAAUGUUUUACUGAACGUCAGAAAAUGCUGGAACUACGCAGCCGCUUAUGAAGCUUCCAGCGUUUAUUUCACAAUGGCAAACAAGACAUUGAUUAUAUCGGCUCCAGGGAAGGUGAUAUUGCAUGGAGAACAUGCUGUGGUUCAUGGAAAGGUGGCUCUGGCAGUCAGCUUAAACUUGAAAACAUAUCUCCGACUGCAACCAUGUCCUGAUCAAAAAGUGCAAUUAAACUUACCAAAUAUUAACGUCCAUCUUAGUUGGAAACCUGCUGCCCUCCAGUUUCUGCAGUCAGCAAUUGGUGUGACUGAUGUGCUGACCCCAAAGGCUCCAAACCAGGAACAAAUGGAUCAAUUGAGACGAUUUGCAGGAAUUCCAGAAGGCUCGACAGAUACAGAGAGCCUCAGUAUCCUCUGCUUCCUUUACCUUUAUGGUGCUAUCUCCACCAGAAAUGGGCAGGUGCCAAACAUGGACAUUCUGAUUUGGUCUGAACUUCCAAUAGGAGCUGGCUUGGGAUCUAGUGCUGCAUAUUGUGUAUGUCUGGCAGCAGCUCUUUUAUCAGCCAGUGGGGCCAUUACCUGGCCAGUUCCACAGGACUACAACAGUACCAGGUGGAGUGAAGAUGAACUGGAGCUGAUUAACAAAUGGGCAUUUCAAGGAGAGAAAUUGAUCCAUGGAAAUCCAUCUGGUGUGGAUAAUGCUGUGGGAACAUGGGGUAACAUUUAUUUAUUGUAUUAAAAUCAGAAUAUUUUA